AUGGAUAGCGAUAGUGGUCACGGCAUCUCUGCAAAGGACCUCAGCGACAGACUUGAACAGAUUCAAAUGUCAUCCGGACAUUCUAACGAGGAUACAAAACCCAAUAGGAAGCCCAAUAGGGCUCAGAAGCCGCUACUGCCUGCCCAUCUUCUACCUCAUCAACUGAAUCCCGCCAAAGCCCAUCUCUAUAAUGUUCAGCGGCCGCGUAAAGCAUAUUAUGGCUUUGCUGUUACCUCGGACGCCAUGGUCGACCAUGCCCUCCGCUGGUAUGAGGGCAGGUUCACCCGUGAGGAUUUCGACUGUGCCGACCUUAGCCAUGUUGAAAUCAUCUGCGUGGGAGCUGCUGCGAAGCACCUGGAACUCAACCCAGAGCACCGGAGGCUGGAGUUUCCUCUUGUUGAGACACCCGACGGGCUGAGGCCAUGCAUUGCCAUAUACAACAGUCAUGAACGGAGCGGCUGGAAUCUGGAUGCGGAGAAAGAGAGUGAGCAGCUUGAGUUUAUCAGGAGCGAGCUCAGGUUACCAGAGACGCAGGAGGCAAUGUGGUAUUUUGCUAACUGCCGGUGA